CCUGUGUUCCCCCUUCCCCUUUCAUUCACCCCGGUAAUCCCGCCAGACAGAAGCUCUGGAUUUAAUUUAUGAGAACAGCUUUGUAACCCUUUUUACUGAGUAAACAGGGCUGGCAGGCUCAGGCUGGGGUCUGCAGUUCAGCACUGAUGGGACGCGGACAUGAAUAGAAGGAAGGAAAGGUUUUCUCUAACAAAGGUAAAUAACUUGAAGGUACAGUUGCCUUGCUGGUACAUCCUUGAGAAGGAGGCUUGAAGAAGGUCAAGUUUGCAAUUGGAUGUGUAUUGAACAGAGAAUACUUCUUCCAGGUUCAGUGCCCCAAGGAAAAUGGAUAAUUGUGUUCCCAUACAUGGUAUUGUAUGUAGGUACAUUUGACUGUACCUGUGUUUCAUCGGUGAAUCAGCUUCCAUUUGCCUGUUUCUCAAAGUAAUGUGGGUCAUGGAGCCAGGCCAUCUCUUCUGGGCUUUACUGUUCAUGCAAUCCUUGUGGCCUCUAUUGACUGAUGGGGCCAUUCGAGUCUACUACCUAGGCAUCCAGGACGUGCAGUGGAACUAUGCUCCCAAAGGAAGAAAUGUCAUCACAAACCAGUCUCUGGACAGUGACAUAGUGGCGUCCAGUUUCCUAAAGUCUGACAAGAACAGAAUAGGCAGCAGUUACAAGAAGACCAUCUAUAAAGAAUACAGGGAUGGCUCAUAUACUGAUGAAGUGGUCAAGCCUGCCUGGUUGGGCUUCUUAGGCCCACUGCUGCAGGCUGAGGUGGGAGAUGUUAUCCUUAUCCACCUGAAGAAUUUUGCCAGUCGACCUUACACCAUUCAUCCCCAUGGUGUUUUCUAUGAGAAGGACUCAGAAGGCUCCCUAUACCCAGAUGGUUCUUCUGGGUACCUGAAAGCCGAUGACUCUGUCCCCCCGGGGGGCAGCCAUAUCUACAACUGGACUGUUCCAGAAGGCCAUGCACCCACUGGUGCUGACCCAUCGUGCCUCACCUGGAUCUACCAUUCUCAUGUAGAUGCUCCAAGAGACAUUGCAUCUGGCCUCAUUGGACCCCUUAUCACCUGCAAAAGAGGUACCCUGGAUGGGAACUCCCCACCUCAGAGGAAGGAUGUAGACCAUAAUUUCUUCCUGCUCUUCAGUGUGGUAGAUGAAAACCUCAGCUGGCACCUUGAUGAGAACAUUGCCACUUACUGCUUAGACCCUUCCUCAGUGGACAAAGAAGAUGAGGCCUUUCAGGAGAGCAACAGGAUGCAUGCAAUCAAUGGUUUUGUCUUUGGGAACUUACCAGAACUGAGCAUGUGUACACAGAAGCCUGUGGCCUGGCACUUGUUUGGCAUGGGCAAUGAAGUGGAUGUUCACACAGCUUAUUUCCAUGGACAGAUGUUGACUACCCGUGGACACCGCACUGAUGUUGCUCAUAUCUUUCCAGCCACUUUUGUGACUGCUGAGAUGGUGCCCCAGAAACUUGGAACCUGGUUAAUUAGCUGUGAAGUUAACAGCCACUUGAAAAGUGGCAUGCAGGCUCUCUAUACAGUCAAGUCCUGCUCCAUGCCCCCACCUGUAGAGCACCUCACAGGCAAAGUUCGGCAGUACUUCAUUGAGGCCCAUGAGAUUAAAUGGGACUAUGGCCCAACAGGGCAUGAUGGAAGAACUGGGAAGAGUUUGACAGAGCCAGGAAGUGAUCCAGAGAAGUUCUUCCAGAAGAGUUCUACCCGAAUUGGGGGUACGUACUUUAAAGUAAAAUAUGAAGCUUUCAAAGAUGAGACAUUCCAGGAAAAGGUACAUCUGGAGGAAGAAACACAUCUUGGAAUCCUGGGACCAGUUAUCCGGGCUGAGGUGGGUGAUACUAUUGAGGUGGUCUUCUACAAUCGUGCCUCCAAGCCAUUCAGCAUACAGCCCCAUGGUGUCUUCUAUGAGAAAGACUUUGAAGGCACUGCAUACAAUGGUGGUUCAUCCCAUCCUGGCUUGGUAGCUGGAACCUUUGAGAAAGUAACAUACCGCUGGACAGUCCCUCCUCAAGCUGGUCCCACUGCUCAGGAUCCUGCAUGUCUCACCUGGAUGUACUUCUCUGCUGCAGAUUCCAUAAGAGAUACAAAUUCUGGCUUGGUGGGCCCCCUGCUUGUGUGCAAGGCUGGUGCCUUGGGUGCAGAUGGCAAACAGAAAGGGAUAGAUAAAGAAUUCUUCCUCCUUUUCACUGUGUUUGAUGAGAACGAGAGCUGGUACAACGAUGACAAUCAAGCAGCUGGUAUGUUGGAUUCCCGACUGCUCUCAGAGGAUGCUGAAGGCUUCCAGGACUCUAAUCGGAUGCAUGCUAUUAAUGGGUUUCUGUUCUCUAACCUGCCCAGGCUGGACAUGUGCAAGGGUGAUACAGUGGCCUGGCACCUGCUUGGCCUGGGCACAGAGACUGACGUGCAUGGGGUCAUGUUCGAGGGCAACACCAUACAGCUUCAGGGCAUGAGGAAAGGUGCAGCCAUGCUCUUUCCUCACACAUUUGUGAUGGCCAUCAUGCAACCUGACAGUCCUGGGACAUUUGAAAUCUAUUGCCAAGCAGGCAACCACCGAGAAGCAGGCAUGAGGGCAGUCUAUAAUGUUUCCCAGUGUUCUGGCCGAAAAGACAGCACACGCCAACGGUACCAAGCAUCAAGAGUCUACUACAUCAUGGCAGAAGAGGUGGAGUGGGACUAUUGCCCUGAUAGGAGCUGGGAACUGGAAUGGCACAACCAGUCUGAGAAUGACAGUUAUGGUCAUGUGUUCCUGAGCAACAAAGAUGGGCUCUUGGGUUCCAGAUACAAGAAAGCUGUAUUCAGGGAAUACACUGAUGGUACUUUCAAGAACCCUCGACCAAGGUCUGGACCAGAGGAGCACUUGGGAAUCCUAGGUCCACUUAUCAGAGGAGAGGUUGGCGACAUCUUGACUGUGGUGUUCAAGAAUAAUGCCAGUCGACCAUAUUCUGUGCAUGCCCAUGGAGUUUUAGGAUCUAGUAGUGAGUCUCAGACUGCUGAGCCUGGUGAAGUAGUUACUUACCAGUGGAACAUCCCAGAGAGAUCUGGUCCUGGACCCAAUGACUCUGCCUGCAUUUCCUGGAUUUAUUAUUCUGCAGUGGAUCCCAUCAAGGACAUGUAUAGUGGCCUGGUGGGGCCCUUAGUCAUCUGCCGAAAGGGUGUCCUGGAACCCGAUGGAAGCCGGAGUGAUAUGGACCAGGAAUUUGCCUUGUUGUUUUUGAUCUUUGAUGAGAACCAGUCUUGGUAUCUGAAGGAGAAUGUGGUAACCUAUGGGCCCCAAGAGCCAAGCCAUGUUAACCUACAGGAUGCAACUUUCUUGGAGAGCAAUAAAAUGCAUGCCAUCAAUGGGAAACUCUAUGCUAACCUCAGAGGUCUUACUAUGUACCAAGGAGAACGAGUAGCUUGGUACAUGCUAGCCAUGGGCCAAGAUACUGAUAUCCACACGGUCCACUUCCAUGCAGAGAGUUUUCUCUAUCAGAAUGGACACAGCUACCGGGCAGAUGUGGUGGAUCUCUUCCCAGGAACUUUUGAGGUUGUAGAGAUGGUAGCCAGCAACCCUGGGACAUGGUUGAUGCAUUGCCAUGUGACUGACCAUGUCCAUGCUGGCAUGGAGACCAUCUUUACUGUCUUGUCUCGAGAAGAACAUUUCAGCACUAUCACUACCAUUACCACCAAGAUUGGAAAAGCAGCGAUUCCAGGAGGCAUUGGAGAAGGCAGUGUGAAGAUGCUGGGCAUGCAGAUCCCCGUAAAGAAUGCUGAGAUUCUGGCUUCUGUUUUGGUUGCCGUGGGUAUACUUCUUCUGCUUGUGGUUCUGGCACUUGUUGGUGUAGUCUGGUACCAACAUCGACAAAGAAAGCUACGGCGCAACAGGAGGUCUAUCCUUGAUGAUAGCUUCAAGCUUCUGUCUCUCAAGCAGUAAUAGCUGAAACUGAAGAAAUCCUCUGAAAGCAAUCUGGAAUGUACUCCCAGGAGGCCAUACACCAGCAGUGUUUUCAAGGGUAAUGGAGAGGCAGAGGAUGGAAUCAAAAUUGUCUGGGUAUAUCUUCAUUUAUUUAUUUACAUGGAAAUCAUAUGCUUUCACCUUGUCUUUAUUUUCUUUGCCGACUGAGGCAGUUGGGACUAAGCAAGUCCCAUCAGAAUAUCCUACACUACAAAUUCAAGCAACUGGUUUAUAUCACCCACCAAUUCCUGGAAAGUAUAGAAAUUCUUAGAACUUAAUCAUUCUCAUAAAGUAGAUACCAAGAAAAAGCUCACUAGUUAGAUUUCUAUUUUCAGGACCUAGACAAGUAUAAAUUUAAAUUUAAGUGAGGUCAAGUGAUGAUCCAUGAAGAUAACCUACAACAGACUAAGGACCACUUAGGCAUGAUAGGAACUUUGAGGUAGGGUGGGGGUUGGAAAUCCAAAUUAUGCUUUGAUUUUCUUUGGCAAUGGACUAUUUUAGAGAAGUAAAUGAAUGAAUUUUGGCUUUUAUGAGUAUCUACAACCUCUGGAACCAGAAACACCUGCAAAUGAGUCCUUCAGGUUCCUGCACGUGGUACUGAAGGGAAUGUUGAACAUCUCCACGUUUGAGGCAGCAAAUCCUGUCCAUUAAAGUGCUUACUAAAACA